GUGUUUAAUAUCCAUAGGCUAUCCAGGCUUCUCAGUAGUACAAUAAAAGCUUCAAGUCUUGAAGAGGCCUUAUUACUGCGUAUUCAUAUGUCUUGUACUGAUGUAGGACCUCACCCCAAUUACCACUAAGGGUGCUUUGACGCAAAGAUUAGGAAAGGGUUUAAUGCAAAGAGUUGCUGAUAAUUGUCCGAAUUGAAAAUAUCCCCUGAAUGACCUCUUAAAUAUCAUUUACACUGCGGUGCGUUAAAAUGGCGAUAAUAAUGAAAACAUCCUUGCGAAGCCUCAGAAAUGAGUUAAGGAAACCACUUGACUAAGGAAAUGACCAGCAGGGCGCACAUCCUAGGUUCGCCUAUUUAUUCUCCUUCUAUGACUGUGGUUGUGGAUAGAGUAUUUCACGUUGUCUAUAAAAUCCCCUGUGCGAGCUAACGAGGAUAAUGCAUGGUGUGGUUGCUGUUUUUACGGAAGUUAGGCACACAUCUGAAAAAGUGAGCAAUAUCAAUAUAUAUUAUGAUGCCCCCAUUCCAUUAGAAAAAGAAAAAACUUUUCGAAUUGAGCACAGGAUUUUUCUUUGAUUUACAUUGUAUUGUAUGGUACUAGGCUGUUCAUGCUUCGGUAGGUGGCAUCCUAGUAAUGCCCACACGAUAGGAAGACAAGAACACUAUGCACUAGAUCUCGAAAGAAAUCUCGCGUCGUGGAACUUAAAACUGAUAAAUAAAGUCAUAAAGGCCAUAGCAGCAAGGAGACAAUUUUAUGAUUAUCAAAGAUAUGUCCUCUGUGGAAAUGGUCAAAGUCAGUUUGAUUUCAGCAUAUUUUCUUUACAACGCCCACCACCACCUUGUUUGUCUGAGGUACGAGGUGGGUGUCAGUGACAUUUAUAAACCUAUUCAAAGAAUUUAAGGGACAAAUCUCUGGGACUCGGUGGUUUCACCAAUUGGCAAAAAGUGAGAGUAUCUUGGGUUGAAAACGGACUAUCUUUUUACCUUGGGGAUAGCAAGUGCGCGCCAGAAGAUGUAAUCAUGGAAGGCACAUUGUUGACAAUUCUAUAGGUUAUUGUAUAGAUGAUCUGGCUUCUUUUGACUAUAGAUUUAAAUUUACAGGAUAUUUUGUUUUGUAUGUUAUUCCACUUUCUUGUCAUAGUUUUCUUUUGGCUUGUGGUUUCAUUGUUGUUCUCUUUGUGGGGGAUAGACUUAUACAAAACAA